AUGACCUCAAAAUUCGUCUCGCGUUUCGUGAAUCGAAAUCCAAGAAACAACGAGCUGCUGGGUCGACAAGCGCAAAGUUCCGGAUUCGAAUUUGAAACCGAUCGAGAAGCGCGGAAAUUUAUCUACAAGUUGGUGCAAAAUUCAUGAAUUUUGGAUGAAAAAAAACUGGAUUUUUCAUGAAAAUUCACGAUUUUCAGCCGAAAAAAACCUAUCAAAGUAUCGAUUUUCAGAGUCGAAUUGGUCGAAGGAAAAUCGCAUCGUGAAGGCCGUUUGAUUCAUCAUCGAGAUGGUGUUGUUCUUUCGGCUUCGACUAGAGAACCCGAAAUUUCAGCACAAUUGUAUAGGUAUGGCUGGUUUUUGGGGGAAAAAUUGAAUUCGGAGAAGCAAGUGCGCUCCAGUGAGAAAAUAUUGAUUUAUGGGGGAAAAAUGAUGUAUUUUUGAUCAAAAAUCGAUAUUUUCUCAAUUCGAAGAAGCAAGUGCGCUCUAAUGAGAAAAUAUUGAUUUCUUGGUGAAAAUCAAUGAAUUUUACACCAAAAAAAUCAGAAUUUUUCAAAUUCGCUGCAGCAAAUGCGCUCCAAUGAGAAAAACUCAAUUUUUUGCAGUAAAGUCGACACAUCAGCUUCUCUAAACAUCGGUCGAAUUCUAGCCCUUAGAUGUCUGCAAUCAGGAAUUCAUUUCGCAAAACCCGCAGUUUCUCAAGAAAUUAUUGAGAAAAGUCAACAUCAAAAAUAUUUUUUCAAGGCGUUGAGCGAGGAAGGAUUGAAGUUGGAAGAGCCCGAAAUUGUUGAGCAUAGCUAUGAAAAUGAUGAGAGCUUUACGUGGCAGAGGUAGGGGAUUUUCGGGGGAAAUUACCUAAAAUUUUGGAAAAUUCAUGAAAAAUUGAUCCGAGAGCUCUGAAUUUGCUCAAAAUUUGACAUUUUCAAUUAAAAAUUGAUUUUUUCAGUGAAAAAUCUGAAAAUUUCAGUUCUAGAGCUGUAAAUUUGCUCAAAAUUGGACAAUUUCAGCCAAAAAUUGAUUUUUAAGUGAAAAAUCUGAAAAUUUCUUGAAAAACCAAUUCCAGAGCUCUAAAUUUGCUCAAAAUUGGACAUUUUCAAUUAAUAAUUGAUUUUUGAGCUGAAAAUCUGAGAAUUUCAGACUAAUAUCUGAAAUUUUCAAUUAAAAAUUGAUUUUUGAGUGAAAUUUCUGGAGUUUUAUAUUAUUUAGAGCUCCGAGAGCUAAAGAAUUCAUUUUCUAACCUAAGAAUCUCAAAUUUUCAGCCUAAACUCGAUUUUUUAUUGAAAUUUCGUGAUUUUCAUGAAAAAUCGAUUCCGGAGCUCGAAAUUUUCUCAAAAUUGGACAUUUUCAAUUAUAAUUGAUUUUUGAGCUGAAAAUCUGAGAAUUUCAGACUAAUAUCUGAAAUUUUCAAUUAAAAAUUGAUUUUUGAGUGAAAUUUCUGGAGUUUUAUAUUAUUUAGAGCUCCGAGAGCUAAAGAAUUCAUUUUCUAACCUAAGAAUCUCAAAUUUUCAGCCUAAACUCGAUUUUUUAUUGAAAUUUCGUGAUUUUCAUGAAAAAUCGAUUCCGGAGCUCGAAAUUUUCUCAAAAUUGGACAUUUUCAAUUAUAAUUGAUUUUUGAGCUGAAAAUCUGAGAAUUUCAGACUAAUAUCUGAAAUUUUCAAUUAAAAAUUGAUUUUUGAGUGAAAUUUCUUGAGUUUUAUAUUAUUUAGAGCUCCGAGAGCCAGAGAAAAUAAUUUUUAACCUAAGAAUCUGAAAUUUUCAGCCUAAACUCGAUUUUUUAUUGAAAUUUCGUGAUUUUCAUGAAAAAUCAAUUCCGGAGCUCGAAACUUUCUCAAAAUUGAACAAUUUCAGCUCAAAAUCGAUUUUUUACUGAAAAAUCUGAAAUUUUCAGCCAAAAAAUUACCGAAAAUUAAUGUUUUCCUCAUUUUCAGAUAUCCUCAAAAACCAACACGUCAGGAAAAAUUGGAUGAAUAA